GACCAGCACUAGCUGUCCAAGCUCCAGCUUUCCUUCCACAACCAGUAAACGACAUCAGCGACAGUAAUGAGGCGCCAAGCCUGUUAGAUAGCAUCCUGUGGAUGGCAGCGCCAAAGAAAAGGCGCACCAUUGAAGUGAACCGCUGCAGGCGAAGAAAUCCCAAUAAGCUUAUAAAAGUAAAGAGGAACAUAGAUGUUUGUCCUGAGUGUGGAAACUUGAAACAGAAACACGUCCUUUGUGGCUAUUGUUACGCAAAGGUCAAAGCAGAAACUCAACUGAUACGGAUAGAAAUGCAGAAAAAGGAAGGAGGACCAUUUAAUGCUCCAACUGUAGAGACUGUUGUCCUUUAUGAUGGAGAAAAGCCCACAGAAAAAGAUGAAGGCAAGCGGAUCAUUGAAAGAGCCAGGAAGCGUCCAUCUUGGUUUGUUCAAAAUUGA